AUGUACUCUCAAUUUUUAAAGUCGCUAGUAAAGAGAUUUUACGAUGUACUUGUCAAUAAUGCGGGUAAUUUUGACGAUUCAAUUGAAAAUGAUUUAAAGGAUUUGCUUAGUGAAGAAAGUAAAAAUACCAAAGGAAUUCUUGAAUUUAUGCAAAAUCAUGAAAAUCGUGAAAUUUGGUUUUCAAGUAUCAUUGGUUUUUUUUAUCAAUACGGAAUAGGAUGUGAAAUUGAUAAGGAUAAAUCCUUGGAAUUGUAUGUAUUAGCAAUUAAACGAGAUGAAUUUCAAUACAUUAAUAAUAUUAUCGCAAAGUAUUUGUUAGCAUUAUUUUAUUACAAAGUUAUCGAUUUAGAUAAAAGAUCCUCAAACGAUUGGAAUCUUUUACGCACAGCACAAUUAAUAGAUGAUUAUAUAGACACACAAAGACAUUCCGAAAAUCUCAAAGAAUUAAAAGGAAUCAUAAUUAAUAGUUUAGAAUUCAUCAAAUUAAAAGGAAAAGAUAUAAAAGAGUCUCAUGAACAAACAUUAAAUGUUGAUGACCCAGAAGCAUUACGUGACUUUGGGUUGAAAUAUCAAAAAAUUAGAAUCGUAAUUCAGACUCUGUUAAAAUAG